UUAAUAUGCAAAUAAAAAAUUCACAAGAUCAUUCAUCAUCAAUAAACAGUACUUUGGAGUUUCAGAGUAGCAUUGAUAGUUAUACCAUUAUAUUUAAUGCUACACAGCUUGCAACUGAGCUCAACUUGAUAAAUCCGACUAAUAUUACUGCUCUCUUGCUUCCUUUUGAUGAUGAUGAUCUCCUUGUCUCCAUCUCUCCUGCUACAUUAAACAUUACAAUGUCAAGUGAAUCUCCAAUACCUUCUUUAGCUAGCAAUACCGGUACAUAUUCUCAGUCCAGUAUGUAUUCUCAGUCUGGUAUGUACUCUCAGUCCAGUACAUAUUCUCAGUCCAGUACGUAUUCUCAGUCCAGUACAUAUUCUCAGUCCAGUACAUAUUCUCAGUCCAGUACGUAUUCUCAGUCCAGUACGUAUUCUCAGUCCAGUACGUAUUCUCAGUCCGGUACAUAUUCUCAGUAUUCUGAUGCAGCCACUAAUUACUGUACUCCAUCAGUAUCUAUUACAACCACCACAAGUACAUUAUUUUUAACUGUUCAACAGCCAGCAAGUACAGUAUAUGUGACUGUUCAACCCACAAGAAGCAUUACUGGUAGUACAGUGUAUGUGACAGUUCAACCGACUGAUGCAGUAUCUACACAAGCUAGCAGUGACAGUAUCAAUAGUUCUAUCAUUGGUGGACUCUUUGUUGUUAUUGUAAUUGUUAUUACUAUUAUCAGCAUCAUUGCUGCAAUUAUUAUGUACAGGUGUGGCAAGAAAACUGGUCAAAUGGAGAGCAUUCAAAUCACUUCUACUACCACAGAAAUGAAGAGGGUUCCAUACGGCAUUACUAAUCCAGCUGCUAUUGAUUCACAAACUUCAGAGAGUCCUCAAGAAAUGUAUACUGAAAUGGCAUCAGUUAAUCCUCCUCCUCCUUCAAUGAAGUCCAACACUAUUUCGUACUCGCACUUAAAUCAAUAUCGUAAUGUUGCCACUAGCAAUCCUCACCCCAGGACAUACAGUAUGAUAAAUACUGCUACAAUGGAUAGACCAACCGCAUAUGCUAAUGUUACUAGUCCUCUUCCACCUCCUCCACAAAUAGUAGGAGAUUUACCUGAUCCUUUAAAUGAAGAAGAAGAAAUAUAUGAAGACAUGACAGCAACUGCACUGUAAACAUUUAUUUUUAUUGCUACUAUCAGACAUUUAGUUUUGCUUU